AUGGUGAGGUUGUACUCUAGGGAGACCAUAUGUGCCUUCUACUAUGUGGAACCUUUGAAGGAUUUGAGUAGUACGCUGUAUGAAUUAACGGAAAAUGCUCAUAUGAAGGAAUUUUUGAAGGUUUUGGGAGGUCAAAGGAUGAUAGAUGUGUAUGUUUGCCACAUGACAGAAGCUGAUGCAAAAGAGAAGUUGAUCCGGGACGAAGAGAAAAUGUUUGAUGAAUUUAUGAAAGAAGAAUAUGGUUUUGUGAAAGCAGAUAAGGUGUAUAUCAAGAAACAAUCAUCAGUUGUGAUUGAAGAGAUUGGUGAGGAGAGACAUUUUACCGCAAAACAUGUUACCCCAAAAUCUCGGAGACAAAACACGCAAUCGGCUCUACAGUUGAUAUGUUGGAAAGACAGUGAUGACAGUAUUGAAGAUAAGGAGUUCCUAGAUUUCCUUGAGUUGCCUUUUAAGAAAGACAGAGAUACUGUUGUUGCUGCAAAUGGUGAUGAUGAGUCGGUAGUUGGUGGAGGUGCAGUGGAGGAGAAUGUAAGCGAGGGUGAUGAUUGUACUGUUGAGGAGAAUGUUAACGACUCUCUUGUAGAGGCUGCGGUUCUUCAAACUUUUGUUGAGCCUCCAGAGGCUGAAAAGGUCAGGGAGACUUCAGUUGAGCAUGCUGAAACUUCUGUUACUGCUCCAGUGACUGAAGAGAAUGAUUCUGCAGGGAUUAAAGAUAUUAUUGCUGUUCAGAAUGAUUCUGCAGGGAUUGAAGAUAUUAUUGCUGUUCAAAAUGAUUCUGCAGGGAUUGAAGAUGUUGCUGUUGUUUAUAAUGAUGUUGCAGGGUUGGAAGAUGAUGAUGCUAUUAAUAUUGAUACUGCAAGGUUGAAAGAUGAUGAUGAUGUUAAUACUGAUACUACAAGGUUGAAAGAUGAUGAUGCUAUUAAUACUGAUACUGCAGGAUUGGACAGUGAUGAUGUUGUUGACACUGAUGCUGUAGGGUCUGAAGAUGUUGCUGCUGUUAACCCAUCAGAUGCUGUAGGGUCUGAAGAUGUUGCUGUUUUUCCAAGUAACGGUGGAGAAUCUGAGAACGAACCUCCACUUGAUGGAUAUGUACCUGCUGCAUAUGUGGAGCCUUCACUUGAUGAAUACAUCUUACCAGACAAUGUCCUAUUGGAUGACUUUGAUGAAACAGAAGUUGAUCCUAUGAAAUUGAUGAGACAUUUGUGUAGAGCUGAUAUAUUAUUCUCUGAAUACCUGCAGACACUUAUGCAACCAAGUGACGUUGACAUGGAUAGACAUGUUGGAGAUGAUCAUCAGUGUGCUACAAGUGGAGUAGACCUUGAUUCAGAAGAAGUUUAUGCAGAUAAUGGAGAUCGUGUGAUAGGCAAUACAGUUGGUGGAACUUCCUCUAAUCCACCAACUGAAGAGUUUGUUAACCAUGAUGAAGCUGCUAGUAAUGAUGAUGAAGCUGGUGGGAGCCAUAGUCAACCCAUCAAAUCUGACAGUGCAAAUGGUGAGAUGUCGGGAAAAACUGCAGGCACCAAAAACAUCAGAGCAAAUUAUGUACGCCAAUGUCCUAAACAUCCAAAACCAAAUGACAUGAGAGAAGAUAAUGUAAAUGUGGGGCUACAUGACAACCCAGCUUCUAAUGAUGAAUGCAAUGGAAAACAGGUUAAGUACCCUACAUCUAAGAAAAUGACAUCACUGCCGAAUUGGAAACCUGGUGAAAAUCUUGGAGACCAAAAAAAGGAUGUUCACAUCACUGAGUGUGAACUGGAUUGGGAGAAUCGGAAGAUUAGAGCAAAAUGGUUUGCAAAUAGGUAUACGGAGAAGAUCAAAGCUGAUCCCAAAAUCCCAGUGAAAGAUAUAAGGUAUUGUGUGCAACACAUACGCAACAACUAUAAGAGAAUGCACCCAGGGGAAACACUAAAAGAGUUUUUGUGGGGUAUAGCUUCAAGUACAACAGAGGAGAUGUAUGACCAGAAAAUGCAGGCGCUCAAAGCAUACGACUUUCAGGCUUACAAGCACUUAGAACAGGUUGCCCCUAAAAGGAGUUGGGUAAAAGCAUUCUGGUCUACCCACACAAGAUGUGACACUCUAGUUAUUAAUAUGUGUGAAACUUUGAAUGCUAAGCUGGUAGAAGCUAGAGAACUGGCCAUCUUAUGCAUGUUGGAAGAGGUGAAACUGCUACAGUACACAAGGAUACAAAAAAGGGGUGAAUGGAUUGAGUCCUAUCCAUUUGCUGUACCCCCUCUGAUCAAGGAAAUCAUAGAUGAAACGGUUAAACUGUCAAAAAGGAAACAACAUGCUCAGACUAGCAAUUCUACACAAGCUCCCACUACUGAAGAAUUUCCCCACCAGGGUGCUUCAAGUGGUUCUCAAAAUCCUAACAGUGACAUUGCCCCAAAUGAUAAUCCUCAACCUCAGGUGAGAAGAAGUACAAGGGUUAGAGAACGACUUUCCACUGAACCACCAAUUCCAUCAAAUGAAAGACCUUCAUCUGAAGUCCCGGAACCUGUUCAAGCUGGAGCCCAACCUGUUAAUGGAGCUCAUUCAAAGAAAAGGAAAUUAUCUUACCUAGACAAAGUUAUGGUCAAUGAAAAUGCAGAGUACUUGGGUGACCAUCCACCUUACAAGGUUGGAAGAUGGGCCAGACACACAGCCACUCGAGUUGGAAAAAGAGACAACUAUGCAUGA